AUGGAAGCAGCAAAUAUGGAUGCGGAGGCGGGUGCGGGAGAGCAGGAGACGCUAAGGAGGGGCAGAGGCAAGCCCAAAAAACAGGAAAACGAGAAGAAAGGCAACGAGAAAAUUGAUAUAAGAGCGUACUUGCAGAAAGAAGAGGAGAGCAACGAAGCUGGGUUCGUGAAAAGCGACAAAAUCACGCGUUCACAACCAAGGAAGGCUGACGUAAGGGUUAGCAACAAAAAGGAAGAGAAGCAUUGUGAGAUAGUGCAGAGGACAGAAGGUAAAGGGGAGGUCAGCGACGAUGAAGAUGAGGAAACCGAGCAAGAAGAGGAUGACGAGAAAGACGUGGAAGAGGCGCAGGAAUCAGAAGGUAAAGUAGGCGAGGUCGAUAAGGAAGAAAACGGAGAAAAGAUAGAGAAGAACAAGGAUGGGAAAGGAGGGAGAAAGAGCAACAACAAGAGCACGAACACGAGAGACGAUGGCAGCAACAGCGAAGGAGAAGAAUUAAAGGAACUACAAAGAAGAAUAAGGAAAAUGGAAGAGCAGAGGAGGAUAGAUGAGCAAGCAGCGGAACAAGCAAAGGAAACGGUGAGAAGGGCAGUUGAGAAGUUUGACGACAAAUUGGCAGAGAUGGAAAAACGAAUGGAAGAAAGGAUGAGAGAGCAAGAAGAGAGGUUAGAGGCGAAAAUAAACAAACCGAAGAGAAACAGUAGGUGUAGGAGGGAGGAAGGAGAAAAGGAGAACGAGAGCGCAGAGAACGAGAGCAACGAGGAACAAGAAAGGGAAGAGGCACAGCGACCAGACGACGAUCAGCAAGGAACUAGGGAUAGGAGCAACGCGGAAGGAGGAGAAGAGCCAAAAGUAAACAAACCGGAUGCAAUGAAAUUAGGAGAGUACGAAUAUGAAAUGAAGGAGAGAAGGAGCAGGAAAAACAAUGUAUUUAUUAGAGGAGUAAGGACUUCGGGAAAAAGAUUAAAAGAAGAAAUAGAAGGAAUAAUAUUAGGAACUACAAGGAAACAGUACAAUAUAGAAAAGAUGAAACCCUUAAGGGGAGGAUUACUACUGACCUUCGAAUACUUUAGAGAAAAAAUUGAAUUUAUGGAGCAAGCGGAACACUUUGAAAAAAUAGGAAUAAGAGUAGAAGAAGAGAGAACACCUAGAGAAAUAGAAGUACAGGAAUGGAUUGAAACGAUAGCAGAGCAGGAAAGGAGAAACAUAACCAAGUGCAAGUGGGUUACUUAA